ACUGAAACCUCAGACCUUGAAAUCAAGGAGCGAGUGAAACGUAUGCGAGAGGAAAUGGAAAGCGUGCCUGCAUGCAACGCGCCAAGCCUCCAGGAAGAAGAAGUUCGCACGAAAUCGACGGGUGCGAGCAGUCCAACGUGUGACGUGACCGACAGGGCGAGUUCCAUUGAACACAUGCAAACGGAUUCGCUUACGCCAAUUCAAGCACUUGAGAAUGUACUGAUUCAUGACAAUCGUCAAGGGUUCCGGGAAAAGGCUCAAUCUCGAGGAAACCCGGUCAACGAAAUGCGGCCAGACGAUGACGAGGAUGACUUUGCGGUUCCAAAUGCCCUCCCGAAGCUGAUGCCAAGUGAUGAUAUCCCUGAUAGCAUUGCGCAGGACAGUGAACAGCCGUACUUCAUUCCAGACAAGGUGCCAGAAACGACGUCUGACAAGUGGGGGCAUCACAUUUUGUGGCAUAUGGACCUAUUCGAGCCAUGCAUUGUACAGGGGAAGUGGAUGAUGGCAGUCCAUCUAACAAAAGGAUGGAAAGUUAGAGACAGACUGGAUGAAGCCUCGUGGCUGAAAUUGGCGAAGAGCGAAAUCGUAUUUCGUGUUAGGAAAGAAAAUGACGAAGCGGAUGAAGCAGCUAUUGAGGAAAAGGCUCGAUUGCUAUUCGAACGUCUUUACUCCAAAAACCGACUGGAAUAUAAACACGGAUUCUAUGACUUAGAGUCAAGUCGGUCAUACAAGAGUAUCAACUGGAAGAUCGAUCUUCCUCAAGCUGGCCAUGGCGUUGAGACAAUCUGGUUGGGAUGCUCACAGAUUGGGGGGGAGUCAAACACGCAGUUUGCAACGAGUGUUGGGGAAGCGAUGAGUCAGACAGCCAGCAAGAUAAUGGAGGCGAAUGAGGAUCCACGGAAUGUCGACAAAGUGGCAUCGAAACGGACCUCCUCUAAUAACGCAGGCAGGAAACGAGUGUGCAUCGCAGAUGACGAGCCCCACUCCUUCCGGGAAGAGCAAGACCGACUUCAAUCUGCAAGACUGACAAGGUCUAAGGCGAUGGUGAAGAACCCCGGAUCAGUGAAGAGAGUUCCUCCGGUGAAGACGCCGUUGUCAAAACGAGUGAAGAAGACCCGCACACCGAGGAAGUGUACUUCGAUGAAGUCGGCAGCGGCGCUUACACCUGCCACUAAAGGCACGUUGCAUCGCCUCAGGUUUCGGAACGUAGUCAUGGAAGAACUCAAAGACUGCGAUGCAACUGAGUUGCAACGCCUGUGUAAGGAAGAAGGCGUGCUAUAUGAUGGGAAGGUGGGAGCGAUCUUCGCGAUCGCGGAUAGCCGAACUAGGCAGAAGUAUGGACUAGAUAAUGUCGAGAUGAAGGAGAUCAUCGAUGUGGGUGAUAGUGAGACCAGGCAGGUGCAAGAAGACGAACAGAAGAACUGAUGUGCCUGGGAGAUGUGAAAAUUGUGUAGGUUGUUCACCGACCUACAAAGUGAGUCGACUGGGUUGAUGGGCUUAUUGAG